ACAUGAUUCUGACUAAACCCAGAGCAAAGCUGGAGAUAAAGAUACAGAAGAAGAUUUGUACAGGGAUCGUGAAGACACAGUGAUGAUAAGGAGGAGGAGGAGUAGCAGUGGGCAGUUAGGAGGAGGAAGAGAAGGAGGAGGAGGAGGGAAUCCAUAUGGGAAGGAGCAGCCCGCGGCUCCGCUGCAGUGAGACACAGAGACCGGAGGAGAGGACGAGGAGCCUCAUUUCUGCCUGGAGAUGAAAAAGUCUUUAAUCACACACUGAGCUGUGGGACUUCAUUUCGGUGCCGGCAUGUAUUUUGGUAAUGUGUGCCACAGUCCCCUGCCGUCGCUGGCUCGUCCCACGCUGGGCAGGACCCAGCCCUCCCCUGACCCAAAGGCCCUCCUCCCCUUCCAUCUGCUGCCUGGAUUCACCGAUCAGAUGGAUCAUCUCCACAAAGCUCUGAUUAGCCCAUGCUUCGGGUUAACUUCACCCCUGAAGAGGAAGCCCGGCUCCUGCGGCGUUUGUCGAGUGAGAUUCAACUCUGAGGCUCAGGCGUCCUCUCACUACAGUGGCACGAGGCAUGCGAAAAGACUCAAAGCUCUGGACGCCCCAGAUCCAAAGAUCAAGACCUUCGAACCAGUCACCAAGGAAACCACAUCACAAAUCCUCUCGUCAUCCUGCUCACAGCCCUCUGGCUCCGACACAACAUCAGAAGACCCCUCGGCCCCAAACUCUACUUCAGACGCAACAUCGUUAAGCGGCGGUCUCGCUGAAACAACAAAAGAGCCCACCAGCCACUCCCUGCCAGCCAGUCCGAGGACAGCCGAGAAAGAUGGCGAAGCCGAGACUCCAGAUCCAGAGACAGAGGAAGAGAAAGCGAAACGACUUCUCUACUGCUCCCUCUGCAAGGUGGCUGUGAACUCUGCCUCUCAGCUCCAGGCUCACAACAGCGGUACGAAGCACAAAACGAUGCUCGAGGCCAGAAGCGGCGAUGGAGCCAUUAAGUCUUUUCCAAGGAUAGGAGUCAAAUCCAAGAUGGCCGCUCCGUCCGAGCCGUCAACUGGACUCCAAAACAAAACUUUUCAUUGCGAGAUCUGCGACGUGCACGUCAACUCGGAGACUCAGCUCAAACAGCACAUCAGCAGCAGAAGACACAAGGACAGAGCAGCAGGUAAACCGGCCAAACCAAAGUUCAGCCCCUACGCUCCCACUCAGCGACUCCAAAGUCUCCAGGCAAUAAGACUUACUCUGCGAAAAAACCAAGACUUGACCAAACCUCUCGCCUCCUGUGUCCUUCAUCGUCAAUUAUCCGUCGUCGCCGCUGCUCUACCGCCGCUGGCGCCCUUCUCCCUCCAAACCACAACAAACUCAAGUCACCCUCUGUUUCAUGGUCAACCUCUCCCCCAGGCUCUGCUUCAUCCAGCCACUGGACCCAUCUGUUCUCCUCACACAUCGGUUCUGUUUUCCCCCUUCUGAUCACACCGGUAUCUCAGCCAGCUUUGAGCUCCAACAAGAACGAAGACCCUAGAUCCUAACCAGAUCUGCCAGAAGACGGCACUCCCUGCUCUCAGCAAAACCAACCGCAGAGGAACGGUUGCAGACACAAGAAAAAAACUGAAAAUAUGUCAUGACUCGAGGAGAUGAAAAAAAAUAAGUGAAACAGUUAAAAAAUGAGGCAUUUUUAGAGAUGCUGUGGUGUUUGACUUUGUGCAGGUGCUAAUGAAGCUGUCGCAGGUCUGCAAUAUGUGGAACAGGAUGCAUUAUGGGAUACUUGUUGAAUGACAAAAACUAGCAGCUAGGUCUUUUGCAGCUAUACAAAUACAGUAGCCUGCAUACCUUUGAGCGAAAAAAAAAAAAUCAGUUAAAAAUUAAUGUCGCUAAUGUAAAGACAUUUUUCUGUUUUGUUUGACUUCCUUUUAACCACUUUUCUAUUUAAACUAACAAAACAAAAAUACCGAAGUAUUUGCUCUCUGCACGGAGACAACUUGCACUUUGGUGAGCAUGACAACUAUUAUAACGCUGGUGAAAAGCUAUGUUUUCGUAUGUUCCCCAUUAUUUCAGUUUUAACCAUUUUGAAGCAAGAAAACGACUCCCAGAAACGCCUCGCUUCAACUGACCUUCACGCGCAGUUAUUCAAAUUUCUUGCUCAAGUUAAGAAGUAGCUGCUAUUACAGGCUUGUAGCUAGUGGUUUUUAAGAAAAAUCUUCUAAAUUUGCAUUCACUGACUAUUCUUAUAUCCAAGAAAUUUGUAACAUUACUUAAUUAAAGCCUUUUUUACACAAGGACCUGCUCAGCUCAGUUAGACUCCAAUAGUUUUUAGGGUUUUCCAUUGCAAAAAUCAAAAAUAUCCUUUAAAAUACAGUGCUAUCCUAUAGCUGCGGUGACAAAUGUAUUUAGACAAGGAACACUCUUUGUUUCAUAGCUUAAAGCAAAUCUGUUUAUAGACGGUAUAGUUACAGGUGGAACUAAUGCGCUACAUGAAAACCCUCAUCAAAGGUGGAAAAAAAAUGCUUAAGUAUGAGGAAACAAAUCUUUGCUGCACAAAAAAGCAUAAUAUUUUAACAUUUUAUCAGUUAAAGCUAUUUGAUUUAUUAAAAGGAUAAAAUUACAAAAGGCCCCUUGAUGAAUAUCUGGUUUUGAUAUCUAUAUAUUGAUAAUAAUAUGAGCAGAGGCUUCGCUAAAACAAACCUACUGUCUCCGUUCUUUCUUUCAGUUUUCGGAAGUUGGCAAACCAUAGUGAGGAGUUUAUUGCCACUGGGAAGCCGAAACGUUUCCAUGGCGCUCCUUCUCUUCUUCCCAAAUAUGACUCACCAACAUUGAUGAAAAAUGUAUUAAAAGCUGCAGUUGCAGACUUAACCCUUCUUCCGCUUGCAUGGGAGGAAAUGUUAAAUGUGGUUGCCCAAAUCUUUGCAUGUCACUGUAAGCACGCCACUAGGAGUGCUGUUUUCUUUUUGUUGUUUUUUUUUAAACAGGUGCUGUGGAUUACAUUUAGGAGUGAUUGCAGAUGGUUUCUAUUUUGCCUUACUUCAGGCAAAAAGCGCUGUCAUUGAUUAAAGUGACUUUAGAACAAAUCAAAUGCUCCAAUAUGUCCCAUUCACUGAAAAUGACCAAAAACAAAAUUGUAUCAGCAGGGCACAUCUGCUUGCCAUAGGGAUAUUGACAUCAUUAAAAAAAAAAAAAGCUGCAAUGAAACAUUGCUUCAUUGUUUGUUUUUUAUCUGACUAUGUGUUCGCCUAAAACAUUGCCAGAAACUCUGACAGACUAUGACAUUGCCUCCUUCAAAACACAGUCUGUUGCUUUCUGACUCACACUUAGAUACAGUUUAUCCUCCUUUGUUUUUACCAGCAUUCAAUAAAUCUCCUGUUUUUGGUCUGUGUUCAGGUAUUUCUCCUCAAAAAAAAAAAAAAAAA